CCGCUCCGCCUCUGCCGCACUCCCUCAGCCCGCGAGGCCGCGCGCAGGCCGGUCCCGCGGUGCUCCGCGGGAGGGGCCAAGCUUGUGUUCCUCCUCCCUACCGGUCCUCAUCCUUAAAGCACGAGUCCGACGCCCCGCCUAUUGGAGAGGGUGUCUCGAACUGGACAGCGAGCGGCCGGGGCGGGCCAGAACCCACCAAGGAGGGCCUGAGGCAACCGAGCCGCCGAGACGGGCACGCGAGCGUCUUGGCCCCGACUGAGUAGUUGCGGGAGUUGCGAGGGGAGGGGUCGCGGGCGCCAUUGCUGCUCGUCGGAGCGCCUCCGAGCCGCCGUCAACCCUUGGCUGCUCUCCCCGGUCUGGGAAGAGCAGUUGCCAGUCCCCGGCCGGGUCUCGUGAGUCGGGUGCCCCCGCCGCCGCCCACGCCGAGACCAUGUUUGACAAGACGCGGCUGCCGUACGUGGCCCUCGAUGUGCUCUGCGUGUUGCUGGCUGGAUUGCCUUUUGCAAUUCUUACUUCAAGGCAUACCCCCUUCCAACGAGGAUUAUUCUGUAAUGAUGAGUCCAUCAAGUACCCUUACAAAGAAGACACCAUACCUUAUCCAUUAUUAGGUGGAAUAAUCAUUCCAUUCAGUAUUAUCGUUAUGAUUGUUGGAGAAACCCUGUCUGUUUACUUUAACCUCUUGCACUCGAAUUCCUUUAUCAGGAAUAACUACAUAGCCACUAUUUACAAAGCCAUUGGAACAUUUUUAUUUGGUGCAGCUGCUAGUCAGUCCCUGACUGACAUUGCCAAGUAUUCAAUAGGCAGGCUGCGGCCUCACUUCUUGGAUGUUUGUGACCCAGACUGGUCAAAAAUCAACUGCAGUGAUGGUUACAUUGAAAACUACAUAUGUCGAGGGAAUGCACAAAAAGUGAAGGAGGGCAGAUUAUCCUUCUACUCAGGCCACUCUUCAUUCUCCAUGUACUGCAUGCUGUUCGUGGCACUUUAUCUUCAAGCCAGGAUGAAGGGAGACUGGGCAAGACUCUUACGCCCCACACUGCAAUUUGGUCUUGUUGCUGUAUCCAUUUACGUGGGCCUUUCUCGAGUUUCUGAUUACAAACACCACUGGAGUGAUGUGUUGACUGGACUCAUUCAAGGAGCUCUGGUUGCAAUUGUAGUUGCUGUAUAUGUAUCAGAUUUCUUCAAGGAGAGAAAUUCUCCUUUUAAAGAAAGGAAAGAAGAGGACUCUCAUACAACUCUGCACGAAACACCAACGACGGGGAAUCACUAUCGGAACAGUCACCAACCUUGAAUGUGGUGGCAGAGUGCCCAGAUGAAGCUGGCCUGCUUUCUAAAGGAAAAUGAUUGCAACCAGUAAGCAAGAGGAUGCGUCUUUCUUCCCGGUGUACAAGCCUUUAAGGGACUGCUGCUGCUAUACCUCUUGAAUGCCCACUUUACCUGUGUGUAUAUAGUUACAUUUAACACAAUGGUUAUCUAAUAGCUCUAAGUUCAUUAAAAAAAAUUUCAAGCCUUUCACUAAAACAAUGCCCCACUUGUACAUUUUUUAUUAAAAAAUGUAAUGCUUAUGUACAAA